AUGUCGCCCUCGGUUGCUGUCCAUAUUGCAUAUAAGCCAUAUGACCUUCCACUGUGCCGACAAAAGAAGGAUGGAUUAGCUGUGGAAAAAGAGUGGUCUGUUGCAAAAAUGUUGGAUUUCGAUAACGUUGGUUUUACCCAUGCCAGUGAAGGUGUUAAGUACCUGGUAUGCGCUGACUGUGAAGUGGGCCCGGUUGGCUAUUUAAGUCUUGAGAGUCAAACUCAUUAUAUUGCCUUGUCGCGAGUUUGUCACGAAAAGCCGAAGCUUCAGGCUAAUGGCGAUACUGCACUUGUAGACACACAUUCCACGGAAGUACGAGAAGAAAGCAGUUGUCAGUGA